AUGGGUGAACGUAAAGGACAGAAUUUCUAUUAUCCGCCGGACUUUGAUUAUAAGAAGCAUAAAAGUUUAAACAGCUAUCAUGGGACACAUGCAUUACGAGAACGUGCUGCUAAGAUCAAGCAGGGGAUUCUCAUUAUACGUUUUGAAAUGCCAUUCAAUAUUUGGUGUCUUGGUUGCAACAAUCAUAUUGGGAUGGGUGUACGGUAUAAUGCUGAAAAGAAGAAAAUCGGAAUGUAUUAUACGACACCAUUAUAUGAAUUCCGUAUGAAAUGCCACCUUUGUGACAACUAUUUCGUCAUACGCACAGAUCCUGAGCACUUUGAUUAUGAGCUUGUGGAGGGCUGUCGUCGACAGGAGAAACGGUAUGAUCCAUCUACGAUCGAUCAGCUUGGAGCCGUUGAUCGAGGUUUUAGCAGGCAGUUGGAAAGCGAUCGAAUGUUCCAGGUUGAGCAUAAAGAACAGGACAAAGAAAAGGCAGCAAGUUCAGCCGAUAAGAUUGGUAAAUUGGAAUGGAUUCAGGAAAGGAUGCGAGAUGAUUUUGCCGCUAAUCAAGCUUUAAGGAAGUCAUUCAAGGUUGAAAAAGAUGGUUUGAAGGAGGAAAGAGUCAGAGAUGAAGACUUGCUGAAGAGGAUGUCUUUGAACAUUAAGCUAGUAUCAGAAAAUGUUGAGGAUAAAAAACUCGCUGCUGCAGUUUUGCGGUAUAAAAAUAUGAAAUUUACUUGUCAACCAUCAACUUCAACGAAGAAUGAUAUGGCACAAAAGCACUUAUUGUCUAUGAAACUUCGUAGAAAUGCUUUUGAUACUGUGUCAUCUGCACACAAUGGACAGGAACAACUAAUAGCCGAAAGUCUUGGCAUUGUCAAAAAAUUAAAAUACGAAAACAAGGAGCAUAAUGAAAUACGUGUUCUGGACAAGGGAAAUCUGGUUGAUGUCAAGCUUGAACCUGAAGAAUUACUGUACGCUGAUCAGAUGAAUUUAGCCGAUAUGAACGAUGAAUUUGUUCCUGUUGUGAAGUCAGAAGUAUGCAGUAAACCUUUAGCACUAGUAGCAGAUUACCGUGGCGAUAGUUCAUCAGACAGUGCUGAUUAG